UUGAUUGCAGCGCAUGAUGUUGUUAUGGAAAUAUACAAUACAAUACAAAACACUUUAUUUUAUACCCCAGGUAACAUAAAAUUUAGUACAUAACCAAUUAAAACUAGUGUAACAAUGGGCGGCCUUAUCGCUUAGCGCGAUCUCUUCCAGACAACCUUUGGAUGGAUGAAUAUAUAAACAAGUAAAAACCUGAAUUACCUAUCGUCGCUUUUGGCUGGGAAGCGAGUAGCUUUUGGUGACAGUAGCACCAAAUGGCUACUCUUAUUAGGCAAAAAUCUAAUUAUCUCAUAUUUGGCGACUGUAUAAUCUAGUUCUUACUAGACGCUCGGACGACCUACGGACGCUCAAAUUAAUAAUUAGAAUCGGUGCCAUGAUGCAUGUCUGAUUGAUCCGAGUUCCCAUUUACUACUUGGGUUGUUGGCAUGGCAUAAUUUGAGUAAAGAAACAAAUUUACCUAUUAUUUCUUAACUUUUUGUGGUUUUGUUUUCAUGUAGUCUGUUUUUAUUUAUGUUUAAAAAACAUUUUUCGAAAAUACUAUUGUCUCUCGCUGUUAAAGAAUGAAGUAAUUUGGUGACCAAGAGACACCAUUUCAGCGGUACACAAACACUUCCCCACAACUUCCCCAUUAGAUGCGAUCAGUUCAGACCCCGUGACGGCUGUCGCGCGGCUGGUAAAAGUGUUACGCAAGCACAAACGCACGACACAAUAGUCUUCUGCAGUUUCCUCAUACAAUUGUUCACGGGCAUGGUAACGGAACGCGGCGUAUAAAGCAUAUAUUCAAGAUGCUGGUGGCUCCAGUGACGUUUUACAGUCAGACAAGAUGAGAACAGAGGUGUUUAUGGUGGUGGCCUUCUUCAUCGUUGCAAGGGCCGAAUACGGGAGCGAUGGGGGUUUUCUGCCGAGUCCCGGGUACCGUACGGAGGAUCAAUUGGCGGAGCCCUCGGCCAGGGUCGAGAAAGGCGAUAGAGACAACCAGGCGGAGCGGACGCAGAGGUUCGGCAUAUCUUCAUACGGAACUACAGGCGGUCAGGGGGGAUAUGGCGGAUCUGCCCCGGGUCUCUACGGGCCUCUGAAGAUAGACUUAGGCGGAGUACUCAUCGGCUCCAUUCUAGGCUUCGGGGCUGUUAUCAUACUGCCUAAACUCAUCCACGCAUUGUCUUAUAGCUACGGAGGGGGAUACGGUCGGAGCGUGGAAACAGACAUGUCCCAGUUGUCCGAAAUGCUGAACAAGUUGGACGACACUCUGAACCGGUACAACAUAGACUCCAGCGCGUGCAUGCAGCGACUGGCCUGCUCCUACGUGCAACUGGCAAACGAGAAUAUGAUUACGGGGAAUGCAACUGAUUUCGAUGCCCUCCUCUCUUCAUUAUCCACCAACUCGCUCAUCAGGCGAAUGCUGGACGGCACUUCGGUGUUUGAAGCGAUAUCAGCGGGUCGGUCCCUCGACACCGACUGCCAAGUGACGUAUCCAAAGUGCAAGCUCGACAAGAAGACGGUCGUGAAAAUGCUGACACAGCUGGUGCCUACGUAAAUUCUAAUUGUAGUUUUGUUUAGUAAUAAAAGAGACGGUUAUUGGUGGUAGAAAAGAGUUUUCUUUAUCUCAAGUGUUUUACUCAAAUAAAUUUUAAGUGGCCAAUGUAAGUUA